CUACAGUUGACGUAUAUGCGCGAUAUUUUGAAAUCGCUAUGUGUUUCCGCGGUCGCUGGCAGUGCAUUUUCCAAAGACCAUGUCAUAAGGAAUAUAUUGAAACACAUUUACAAUAAGUGCGAUAAUUGUGCAAGAAAACACCGCGCCAGGUGAAAGUUUGCUGUUGGGAAGAAAAAACUUGGAAGCAUGAGCAAACCUAUUUUACUUGAACCAGACAUCCGUUCACUUUUAGAGAGCAUGGGUGAAAUAACAUGUACCGUCAACUCCCGAGAAUAUUCGCAACUAGGCAUAAUUUCGCUACGAGAGACCUGGCUUCACGAGGAGGCAGAUGAAGCAUUUGUAUCUGUAGAAGAGUUCACAUAUCAUCGGGUCGAACGCCCUGGGGCCUACCGUGACCGUGGUGAUGGAGUCAUCAUUUACGCCAGCAAUUGCUACUGCGUCUCUUCGAAAGUUUUGUUUCGCUUCUUUUCUCCAAGCAUUAGCCGUUUAUUUUCUGAGUUGUAAGCCCAGAUGUAUCAGUCCGUACCGCUCAAUCUUACUGGUUGACAUCCAGAUUUCACACGCCAGUCAGAAACCUGAAGCGGAGGAAUAUCAGGACGAGUUUACUGCGACUGUCGUAUUUUUGCUAAUGAAUUUAACCGAUUUGACACCGCUUUUCUCACAAGUCUUGGGCUAGAAAACAUCGUGAAUAGCCCCACUAGAUCCAAUGCGACUCUGGAUCUGGUAUUUUUAUCAAAAGGGAGCUGUUCCCCAUGUGUAAUAAAGCGC